AUGGAUCACCGUCCGCAAGCUUGGGGUCGUCCCAGAGACGAUGUCUAUGGUGCUUAUGAUGCUUCCUACAUGGGCGAGAACGGCCCCAAGCAAAACACCCAGCAGCCCAUCGUCACUGGUACCUCCGUCAUCGCCGUCAAGUUCAAGGACGGCGUUGUCAUGGCCGCCGACAAUCUAGCUUCGUACGGAUCUCUCGCCCGCUUCACCGACGUCAAGCGACUCCGCUCCUUCGCCGACUCGUCGGUCGUGGGCUUCAGCGGUGACAUCUCCGAUAUGCAGUACCUCGACCGCCAUCUCAUCGAGCUCUCCCUCGAUGAGGCCUACACCUCCCCUGACGCCCCGCGCCUCAACGCCGCCAACCUCCACCGCUACCUCGCCAAGCUUCUCUACCGUCGCCGCUCCAAGUUCGACCCUCUGUGGAACCACCUCCUCGUGGCUGGCCUCGACGACGACGACAAGCCCUUCCUCGCCGCCGCCGACCUUCUCGGCAGCACCUACAGCUCCCCCAGCUUGGCCACCGGCUUCGGCGCAAUGCUCGCCCAGCCCAUCAUGCGCCGCCACGUCCCCGAUGAGGAGGCUGCUCAGAACCUCGACAAGGACGGAGCUGUCGAGAUUAUCAAGGAGUGUAUGAAGGUGCUAUUUUACCGCGACGCCCGCAGUCUGGACUCAUACUCCUUGGCCAUCGUCACCAAGGAUGGUGUCGAGAUUACCAAUGACCUGAAGCUCGAGGCCCAGAGCUGGGCAUUCGCCGAACGGAUUAGAGGAUACGGUACACAGACCGUCUAG